AUGGCAACAGAGCUGGAAGCCGGGCUUGAAGAAGCAGAGCUGGAAACACGGCUUGAAGAAGCUGCGCUCGAGAUAGGGCUUGCAGAGGCUGAGCUCGAGACAGGGAUUGAAGAGGCUGGGCUCGAGAUAGGGCUUGAAGAAGCCGGACUCGAGACAGGAGUCGAAGCGGCUGGGGUAGAUACAGGGCUUGAAGAAGCGGAGCUCGAAGCAGGGGUAGAGGCUGCUGAGCUCGACGCAGCGCUUGAAGAAGCGGGGCUUGAUGCCGGGCUUGAGGAAGCAGAGCUGGAUGAUGGGCGUGCAGAUGAACUAGAAGAUGCAGCCAAGGAUGAUGCGGCCGGAGUGGAGCUUGGUGUCGGAGUAACCGUAGUCACACUUACGACGGUGGUAGUAGCGACGGAGGCUGAAGAGGGCGAUGCGAUAGAAGACGGUGAAGCGGACGAGGGCGACACGAUGGGAGCGGAGCUCGAUGAAGUAGCCGUAGUGACGCUUACCACUGUGGUGGUUACGACAGAGGCUGAGCUAGGCGAAGGGAUAGCGGAAGGUGUAGACGAUGAGCUCGGGACUGGCACGGCGGAUGAGCUUGGCAAGGGAAUGGAAGACGCGAUUGAGGACGAGCUUGGCGAUGGGAUAGGAGGAGGCGAAGCAGAUGAGCUUGAUGACGGGAUAGAGAAAGGUGAAGAGAUGGAGCUCGGCGUUGGCGUGACUGUCGACAUGACGACCGUGGUGGUAGUAGACACUUGUGCCGACGAUGAUGGUACAAUCGGAAUGGAGGAUGAUCGGGAAGACGAUGGCACAAUGGGUGCUGGAGAAGAGCUAGAGGAACUCGGUCGAAUGGAUGUCGGGCAGACAGUGAAGGUCUGUGUAACAGCACUGGUGACCGGGAAUGUGGAAGUAGCGAUGUUUGUCUGUGUGCUAGUGGCAGAGGCGGAAGAGACUGUAGUAGUCGCCGCAGGCCUAACAGGCGCAAACGCAGUGUUGGUAGCAGUCGAAGUCGUCUGA